ACUACACCUUCCGUGCACUUAGCCAGGAAGACUUCGGGCUGAAAUGGCCGAAUAACAACAAUUCAAACGGCUUUAACAACAAACGCGUUUUAAACAGCCUGCUCGUUUAUUUACCGCCUGCUCGUUUUUUUCUCACGUGCUUUUUUCUUCAUUGUUUUCUUAUCCUGCAUAUUCUCAAAUGUGCUUGCAGCCUCGGACCUGGAUGCACCGUGUUGUUUUUCGUGCAUCUAACGGGGUUUUAUCUGGCUGCACUAAGCUGCUGCUGCUGCUGCUGCUGAUAUGCCAUAGAGAGGAGUGUUAGGAAAGGGAACAGUGUUUCAUGGAAGACCUCAGAAACACCAGAGAAGAACAAAGUCACCAGGAGCUUUCUCACGAGGACGCUGAACAGACAAUUAAAGAAUUGACCUCUCCUCCGUCGGCUCAGUCCCCCAACCCCGUCAGCUGUGUGUCUCCCCGCACUGCUUCCUCUCCAGCCUCUGCCCCCUGUCCUGCUCCUGGGGGAACUGCAGCUUCCCCCGCGGGUGGGAACAAUGCAAAGCGGACCACUGUGGCCAACGGACAGCCCCCCUCCGGAGCGUCUGCGCGGUUCAUGCCCCGAGAAGUGCCCCCUCGCUUCCGUAACCAACAGGAGCCCAAAGUUCUGCUAAAGAGGGGUCAGCCACUAGUGGGAGACAUUUCACCACCCAUCCACACGGGGGAGCUCUCAAAUGCAAACACAGUGCACUGCUCAGAUUCUGAUGUAGAUCCUGCCUCUCCUCUCUCCUCACUGUCCUCUGCCACUUCGACUUAUGCAAAUUCCACAUGGGGGCCGGUCUCCGGAGCCCCGUCCCCCUCUCAGGGAAUGGAUAAGGCUGUAGUAGUGGACGGCUCUGAUCUUAAAGCGUGGCCCAGUAUCGCAGAGGGCAGGAGGCAGCAGGAGCUUUCGGCCCAGAGCAGCAGUGCCUCGUGGGGGCAGGAGAGCGAGUCGGGGCUCAGUGGAGCCGGUGGGUCGUUUAGCCCCAGCAUGAUGUGGGGGCCGUCUUCUCAGGCUGAUGCAGCAGAUCGGUCAUUCAGUUCGGAGGUGCUGCCCCCCGCUGGAGUGGAAGAGAAACCACGGGACUCCAGCAGCACUCCUGUGGAUUGGCUUGACUGCAAAGAUGUCACUGUGGCUGAGUCAAAGUCAGCCCACACUGCCUCCCACGAGACUGCCUUGAUUUCAGACAGUGUGCAGCAGCAAAUGCAGAGCCAGGACAGAGUCAAUAGACUAGAACAAGAGGCAGGACCAAAACAAACAAGUGUUGCUGAUGUUGCUGAUGCUGCGGACUGCGCGGGGGCCUCACAGGUUCCUGCCUCCAAUGACUUAAAUCCAGCUGCCUCAAGAACUGAUGGGUGGGGCAGUAGGGUGGAUGCUGGGGUCAAGAGUGAAGGCACGUGGGGUGCUGGAGACAGCCGGGAGAUGUGGGGAAGCGGUGGUGGUAAUGUUAAUGACAGAGGGGUAUCUCAGGGAGCGUGGGGUGAAGAAGCAGGUGGACUAACCAAGAAGGCAGCUACAGCGUGGCCAGCAGGGGGCACCAGCGGGAACGCAAAAGACAGCUUUGCAGGUAGUUUACAAGACUCUCAAAUGCUUGCAACCAACAUCCAAACAGCAAUGGAUAAUCAGAAAGCAGGGGCGGACGACAGGGAGGGUUCGGAGAGCGAUUCCGUAGGACACGGAAGUGGUGAGGACACAGGGAAGCUCGGCACGCCGAAGAAAGCCCAAGCCACCCAUACUGAAGUGGCCUUACAGGGUAUGCUCACUCGGAACGACCUGGAUCCCAGGGUGCUUUGCAACACUGGCUGGGGCCAAACCCAGAUCAAACAGGGCGUAGCCUGGGACCUUGAGGCAGACAGUGGGUCAGGAUGGACUGAGCAUGCUAAACUUAAUGCUAACUUAAACAGCGCUAACCUGCCUCAAAAGCCUCAAGAGGGCAGUCAGGCGAGGGUUGCCAGAAACCAGGGGUGGGGGGACACCGGGGGAGGUUGGGGGGAGCCGAGAGAAGAGAAGUGGGGUGGCGAAAGGGACGGAGAAUGGCGUAGUCGACCAGAACAGGGUACUGUAUCCAGUGGAUGGGGCGAGGCCACGGAAGACGAGCGAGGCGGCAGGUGGGCUGAGAACAAGAGGGAUAAAGGGGGUUGGGAGCAAGGGGGUGGAGGCGGGAGCAGAAGCGACUGGGGGAAAGGGGACACAGAAUGGGGAGAGGAAAGGGGGGUAAAGCGAGGGAGUCAGGACGAUGGUUCCUGGGGCAGUUCUGAAGAAGAGCGGCGGAGAGGGUGGGGAGGGAAAGACGUGGAUGCUGGAGUCGGACAGCACCAAGGCUGGGGUGGAACACAAAUACCAAACAACCAAACAGCACUGAAAGGCCCAAAUCAGCAGCAGCAGCAACAAUCCCAGGCCCAGACUGCACAAUCCAGAGGCCCGCAAGACCCCAGGACUCGACCCGCAGGGCCUCAGCCUCAGACCCAGAACCAAAGCUCAGGAUGGACAUCCGGCCCCAUCCCUCAUGCGCCCACGGCUGUGGAGCCCAGUGGAUGGGAGGAGCCCUCGCCCCAGUCCAUCAGCAGGAAGUUGGAGAUAGACGACGGCACAGCAGCCUGGGGCGACCCAGCCCACUACGACAGCAAGAGCGUCAAUAUGUGGGAAAAGAGUGGCCCCCCACAGCAGAGGGGUCAGACCACCCGGCCGGCCGCCACUGCCCCGACCAGCAGAGACAAAAACACAGCCCCUGCAGGGUGGGAUCGUGGUGGUCCUCCAGAACCGGCUGCGGAUAAAGACACAACAAGCUGGGGAAAAACGUUUGAUGCCCCGUCAGGUUGGAGGGACUCUGAGGAUUCUGGAAAAGGGGGAGGAUGGGGCGGCUCCCACUCCAAUUCAGCCAAGUCUGGUUCAAAGUCUAUGCAAGAAGGCUGGGGUGAUGAAGGCUCCAACAGCUCACGCCACAGCAGCUGGGAGGAGGAGGACAGUGGUCCUGGUGUGUGGGGUGGCAGGGGGCCCCAAGGUGGCUCCUCAUUUACUGCUGGAGGGUGGAACCAAGGCCAGGGGGGCAAGAGAAUUUGUGGGAAGGGUCCUCCGAAAGGGAACGGGGGAGACUCCUGGACGUCUCCAAUGUCGAGACAGUUUUCAAACAUGGGGAUUGCGGAUGAAGAGGCAGGCGGUGCCUCAGACAGACCCCGGAGAGGGAUGAACGACUUUAAUGGAGAGAUGAGGAAGGGAGGAAGGGGAGGAAUGGCCUUCCGCUCACAGAGCUCCAAAGAUAUGGGCCCUGGGGAGACGGGACCCUACUAUGAUAAGACGGGGGGUCACGGUGUGUUUGGCGGCGGUGGUGGGAUUCCUCAGUUAAGAGGAAUGCAGCAGCCUGGUGUUCACCCCAUGAAUCCUUCCCCCGGGAUACGAGCACAAGUGCCUCAUCAGUUCCUCCCCCCUCAGGUUUCAGGAUCCAUGCUGAAGCCGAUGCCUCCUCCCAGUGGAGGCAUGUUCCCCCCACAGCUCUCCCCUCAGCACCUGGCCAUGCUCAGUGGCAUUCCCCCACAGAUGCAACAGUUUCAGCUGGCCUGUCAGCUUCUCUUGCAGCAGCAGCAGCAACAGCAGCAACAACAACAGCAUUUCCUUUCUCAAAGGAAGUUCCCUCCUCCUCUGCGUCAGCAGCAUGACCCACAACAGUUGGCCCGAAUCAUGGCCAUCCUUCAGCAGCAGAGACAGCAGCAAGGCGUAGGGGGUGCUAAACUUUCCCCAUCCCACCUUGCAGGGGUUGCUCCCAAACAGCCUGAUGGACCCCUCCUCCACCCGGCCAUGGGGGGCUCUCUGGCUGAUCUACACCCUAAAAGCCCCAACACCUUUCCUGGAUUUGGCUCAGGGCCGGAGUUGGAGUCUGUGAUGGGCGGGCCAGUGGGCGGUUUGAAGGACGCAGGUGGAUCGCAGUCUCGCUUUAAAUGGAUGAUGGAGGCAGGACACCCUCUCGCUCCCUCUCCCCCAGAUCCCAUGCUGCACAAAAAUGGUCUCCUGCCCGGGCCGAUGAAGCUGCGGGGCGACUCCCCGUAUUCUCAGUAUGAUUUGUUGGGGGCGGAGACUCUGGGCAUGACUGACAGCUGGCACAGAACGCCUGGUGGCAAACUGGGCGCCACACCUGGCACCCCUGCCUGGCCACAAGAGUUCCAGCCAGGUGUGCCAUGGAAGGGUGUUAAGAGUCCUGAUCCCGAUCCUGACCCUGAUCCCUACAUGACUUCCAGCAGCAUGCUGGCAUCACCCGCGCUCAGUGAUACUGACCACCAGCUACUGCAGGACAACACAGAAUCGAACCCCUCCCUGAACACCUUACUGCCUUCACCUGGUGCCUGGCCCUACAGUGCCUCAGAGAACCCCCUCACCGCACACAACUCGGCUAAAUUCACGGACUACAAGUCCAGCUGGCCCCCUGAGCCAAUCGGACACAGCAAGUCAUGGAGGACCAAUCGAAACAGCUCCCACCUGCCACGCCCCCCUCCGGGUCUGACCAAUCAGAAGCAGCCGUCCUCAUCCCCAUGGUCAGGCACAGGCCCUCGAAUGCCCAGAGGAUGGGGCCCAGGGGGGCGGAGCCAAGACUCUCCAUUUGGUACAGAAACUGCAUGGAGUGGUGGUUCAUCUGCAGGAAGCUCCUGGCUACUGUUGAGCAACCUCACCCCUCAGAUCGACGGCUCCACUCUGAGGACGAUUUGCUUGCAGCAUGGUCCUUUGAUGACCUUUCACCUGGGUCUGACGCAGGGCAGCGCUUUGAUUCGCUACUGCAGCCCACACGAGGCGGCCAAGGCCCAGACUGCACUGCACAUGUGUGUGCUGGGGAACACCACUAUUCUGGCUGAGUUUGUGAGCGAGGAGGAAGUUGCUCAUUUCUUCACACAUUCCCAGAGCUCCGGAGGGGCGGGGUCUCCCGAGGGGUCGUCCGUCUCCGAGCUGGCCGGGCGAGAGGGAGAGAGAGAGAGGGAGAGGAGUGGUGGAGGAGGAGGGAUGGUGGAUACGGGCGGAGGAGGAGGCGAGGCUGCGGCGGGUUGGCAGGGCUUGGACGUUUCGGGUGGUCUGACAGGUGGGCCGGCAGUGGAAGGACCCGGACUGGCUCUCUUCAGCCAGUGGAGCAGCAGCGGGGCCGAGGGGCAAGGGGGCGGAGUUUGGGGCGGCGUGACCCCUGGUUACCACAGCACCAGCCUUUGGGGCGCUCCUCAGAUGGAGGACAGCCCGCCGGGCCUGUUGCCAGGUGACCUGUUAGGAGGCGGGGCCGACACUCUGUGACUGACAGGGAAUGUUGAGAGUUGACCUUAAAACACUGGUACAUGGAUUCAACACACACACUCUCUCAGAGCAGACAGGCAGACACUUUUAUACACUUAGUAGCCCUCGGACAUUCGGAUCUGGAGACUCUCAGCACACACACACACACACACACACACACACACACAGAUCACUGUGCAAAAGUCAGAGCCCUCAUCAUAUGUUUCAUUUUCAGGCAAAACGACUAUUAAUUAUUAUUUAAUCAAAAUUAUGCAUCAUUAUAUUGAUAAAAUCAGAAUUCAAGAACCUAUUUUUUUUUUAGCAGUUUAGCCCCACCCUUUUACUCUGCAGUUUAACUCCAUUCAUUGACACUACAGCAGUUUAGCCCUAUUCAUUCAGCCUAUAGCAGUUUAACCACAUCUAUAUAUGCUACAAGCAGUUUAGCCCCACCCUUUUAGCCUAAAGCAGUUUAGCCCCACCCAUUGACACUACAGCAGUUUAGCCCCAUCCCUUCAGCCUAUAGCAGUUUAGCUCCACCACUGACACUACAGCAGUUUAACCACACCUAUAUAUGCUACAAGCAGUUUAGCCCCACCCAUCCAGCCUACAGCAGUUUAGCCCCACCCAUUCAGCAUUUAUUAGUUUAGCCCUAUUAAUUUAGCCUACAGCAGUAGCAGUUUAACCACACCUAUAUAUGCUACACACAGUUUAGCCCCACCUUUUCAGCCUACAGCAGUUUAGCCCCACCUAUUCAGCUUAUGGCAGUUAAGCCCUAUUCAUUUAGCCUAUAGCAGUAAAGCCCCAUCCAUUCCGCCUAUAGCAGUUUAGCCCCACCCAUUCAGCCUACAGCAGUUUAACCACACCUAUAUAUGCUACAAGCAAUUUAGCCCCACCCAUUCAGCCUGUAGCAGUUUAGCACCAUCCAUUCAGCAUUUAUCAGUUUAGUCGCACCCAUUCAGCCUACAGCAGAUUAGCCCCACCCAUUCAGCCUACAGCAGUUUAACCACACCUAUAUUUGCUACAAGCAAUUUAGCCCCACCCAUUCAGCCUGUAGCAGUUUAGCACCAUCCAUUCAGCAUUUAUCAGUUUAGUCGCACCCAUUCAGCCUACAGCAGUUUAACCACACCUAUAUUUGCUACAAGCAAUUUAGCCCCACCUAUUCAGCCUAUAGCAGUGUAGCCCCAUCCAUUCAGCAUUUAUCAAUUUAGCCCCACCCAUUCAGCCUAUAGCUGUUUAGCCCCACCCAUUUAGCCUACGGCAGUUUAGCCCCACCCUUUCAGCCUGUAGCUGUUAAGCCCCCACCCAUUCAGCCUAUAGCAGUUUAGCUCCACCUAUUGACACUAUAGCAGUUUAACCACACCUAUAUAUGCUACAAGCAAUUAAGCCCCACCUAUUCAGCCUACAGCAGUAAAGCUCUGUCUGUUCACAUUGAAGUUAUUUGCACUGUUUUAACCUCUAAAGUGUUGAAUCACUUUUUAAAUGGUGCAGACAGUGUAGGGCAACCAAACAGAAACAUAAUUUCUUUUACAAUCUAUAACACAAUAACAGAAAGCCUUUUUACGAAUAUAAAAAUUAAUCAGUAAAAUUACACAAAUACGUAAAUUAUUGCAAGUUAUUGAACCCAUGCAGACAUAAAUAUAACAAUACAUUUUAAAUAAAACAAAACAAAUUAAAUCCAAGAGAAAUUAAGGACAUGAGUUGUUUAAAUAACUAGAGUGCUCUGACUUUUGCACAGUAUGUAUACAGGGACACACUUAAGUCAGACAUUUCUAUAUGAACACUGGACAUAAAAACACCAAACACACACACACACACACACACACACACGGUGGCAGCAGCAUUAAGCGCUCACAGUGGUUCUGUGGUCAGUUUGGCUUUAAACUAUGGUGGGUUUAAACGGCCUCUUCUCACCAGUGCACUCAUCUACUGCAAGCCCGCCGCUCCUCCAGGGUCCCACUGCAUUUCAUCCUAUCCUCUGCUUCUACACAAACACAUACACACACACACACACUAAUCCGCCUGACGAUUGUUGUGACAGUGAUGCUUGCAUUGCGAUUUGUUUUGCAUGAAUAUAGCAAAGGGCAAUCUGUACGUCUGCUAAUUAAGGACAAACAUACACACAUUUACACACACACACUUAUCCAAGCGCACUGAUGCAAGCACACCUCCUGAAGUGAGUUGUUUUGUGGUCAUUUUUGUCUGAGUGUGUGAGAGUGAAAUAGACCUUCCACUGUCCUCUUUUUUAGGCUUCCUGUAUCUCCUGUGUGUGUGUGUGUGUGUGUGUGUGUGAGUGUGAAGGGCUGAGUCUACUGCGCAUGUGUGCACUUUACUGUUCUGGCUGUAGUGUGUGUGUGUGUGUGUGCGUGUGUGUGUGUUGGUGUACUCUACACUGUGCUGGUACUCUGGCGUUAGCGGGUUUCUGCGUCUGUGUUUUUUAGUAUAUUCUCACUCAUGUAGCCUUUUUUUAUCGGCUGUAAAACUGCAAUAAUGAUUCUGAAGAGCAUUUUUAAGACACGAGCGCGUGACGGCCAAAACCGAUCUGUCCCCAGCAGCCAGGAGGUUUACACACACUGCUAAAUACAGAUAUUGUACGUUUUAUGUUUGUGCUGUUUUAUUCUGUUAUAAUUUUGUUUUUUGUUUUAAUUUAAGACAGACUUUAACACUCCUUUCAGUGUUUCCUUUUUGGAGAUUUUACAGAGCAUUCGAGAAAAGUUAUUUAAAUGAAUGAGAGAAAGACAGAGCUCUAUAAUAAAGACGAAGAUUGGCUUGAA